GUGAGGAGGAGGCUUAACUUGAAGCUCCGGUAAAGGUGGUUUUAUUCAAGGAGCUAGCUAGCUAGCUAGGUUGAAUUGAGAGCUUAAGCGGAGCAGGAAGAAUAUUCAACGGACAUCAUGUUAAUGGCUGUGGGCAUAAUCGCUGCAGUUGCCAAUGGUCUCUCCCUCCCCUUCAUGACCCUUCUCUUCGGGGACAUCACUAAUGCCUUUGGACAAAACCAAAGCAACAACCACAUCGUUCACGCCGUUUCUAAGGUGGCACUAAAAUUUGUCUACUUGGCCUUGGGGUCUGGCUUAGCUUCCUUUCUUCAGAUGAGUUGUUGGAUGGUAAGUGGUGAGAGACAGGCUGCACGGAUUCGGAAUCUGUAUUUGCAGGCCAUCCUGAGGCAAGACGUUGCUUUCUUUGAUAAGGAAACGAAUACUGGAGAAGUUGUUGGCAGAAUGUCUGGUGACACUGUUCUUAUGCAAGAUGCCAUGGGCGAAAAGGUAGGAAAAUUCAUUCAGCUAGUAUCAACAUUCUUGGGAGGCUUUGUAAUUGCAUUCAUCAAAGGCUGGCUUCUAACUUUAGUCAUGUUGUCCUCUAUACCACUGCUCGUCCUAUCUGGUGGCAUCAUGUCUGUUGUCGUAGCCAAAAUGGCAUCCCGUGUGUUGGAAUGCCUUGAAUUCUAACCUAUUUGACUAGUCAACAAUGGCUGCACCUGUCUGGAAAGUGGCUGGAAACCAGCUGGAAAGUGGCUGGAAGGAGGCCUAGACAAUUGGGCAAGUGGGUUGCUAGUUGGUGAGGUGGGCCAGCUGUAUGACAGCAGUAUUGUGGGCUGUCAACUGCUCAGUUCCCACUGGAUUUAGGCAGCCAAGUUGGCUGCCAUCUUUCCAAUAAAUAGGUUCAUUUGUAAGGCAUUCAGACAUAGAUCAGUCACCUAGAAAAUCCCUCUAAGAGAAGAGAGCGGGUACAUAUGGCACCAAGGAGGUGCAUCUGGAAAUUUGUGAGAGAAUUCAAGUCAAGGUGGAGAUUUGUUGGAAUGCCUUGAAUUCUAACCUAUUUGACUAGUCAACAAUGGCUGCACCUGUCUGGAAAGUGGCUGGAAACCAGCUGGAAAGUGGCUGGAAGGAGGCCUAGACAAUUGGGCAAGUGGGUUGCUAGUUGGUGAGGUGGGCCAGCUGUAUGACAGCAGUAUUGUGGGCUGUCAACUGCUCAGUUCCCACUGGAUUUAGGCAGCCAAGUUGGCUGCCAUCUUUCCAAUAAAUAGGUUCAUUUGUAAGGCAUUCAGACAUAGAUCAGUCACCUAGAAAAUCCCUCU